AAUUCAUGGUAACAUCAGCAAUUCUAUGCCUGCAUUUUACUUCCCUCAAUUGAGAAUCAUUGAUGUCGCGCAGAAUGAUCUUGUGGGUUUCCUACCAAAUAACUAUUUCAAAAUUUUGAAAGGUAUGAGAGAUGUAGCUCCAGCUGAUAAAGUCAAAUUCGAAUACAUUGGUGAUUUUGAAUUUUAUCAUGAGGAUUCUGUGAAGAUAGUAAUGAAAGGGUCCAUGGUGAAGCUUGAAAGGAUCUUGAAAAUUUUCACAACGAUAGUUUUCUCAAGCAAUCAAAUUCAUGGACCAAUUCCUGAAGAGCUAGGAGAACUCAAUUCACUUUUAUUGCUAAACUUAUCUCACAAAAGUCUCAAUGGUCAAAUCCCAUCAUCAUUGAGGAAAUCAGUAGAACUCGAGUCAUUAGAUCUCUCAUCAAACAACCUUGAAGGCAAGAUUCUUGAGCAAUUGACAUAUCUGACAUUUUUAUCAAUUUUGAAUCUUUCACACAAUGAACUUGUGGGCCACAUACCUGAAGGGAAGCAGUUCAGUACUUUCUCAAAUGAUUCCUACAUCGGAAACUCUGGGUUGUGUGGAUUCCCAUUGACGAAGAAUUGCCACGAAGAGGAAGAACCAGAAGCACCUCCAAAAUUUUAUGAAGAGGAUGACUCUGCAACACUCUUUGAGUGGAAGUUUGCAUUGUAGGCUAUGGGUGUGGACUGGUGUUGGGACUUAGUUUGGGAUAUAUUUCCUUCACUACAAGAAAACCAUGGUGGGUGGUGAAGAAAGUGGAGAAAUAUCAACAGAAAUUAGUUGGAAGGGGCAACUGAAAGCAUAAGAAGAGGAAAACGCAAAAACCCAACCAACACUCUCAGGUGAGAAAGUCUCCACAACUCUCACUAUAAUAUUUGUGUUCUAUCUAAGUUCUAACCAUAAAAAUAAAUUAUAUUAAUAAUAGUUAAACUUAAUUUUUCUACUUUUGCUUUAUUUUACAUAGGUGCAAGUAGGUGCAGUUGAUUUCCUAUUCCGGCGAGAUAUGGCAACAAUUGCUUCUUGAGUUUGUUUCCAUCUUUUUCAUGUUCAUUGUUGAUAUAUAGUUGUGUUGACUUGUGUGGGAAUUAUGGUUAUGCAUGAAUUUGUGUUAAUUUCUUUUGGAUUUCAUCUAUGUACUCUGCUCACAGUUGCUCAUGUAUUUUUCUUGAUGUAGUUUGUUUCCUAUGAUGUUAUCUCUUGGUAUUUUCUUCUCUCUUCCUUUGUGUUGGUUGUCUUUGAAUGGUUGUCUUGUGAAUUAUUUCUUGUGUCUGAUGAGAAGCUAAAAUAAAGAAAGUUGUGUCUGGUGGAUAUUUUUCUUUUCGUGUCGCAUUCCUUAAGGAAAGACAAUUCAUUUAUCAAGAAUGUAAACUGUUCCAUUAAGAAAACUAUGUAACAACCUAAAUUUAUUGUAAGUUCUAUUUAUCUAACAGUCUAUUUCAAUAAGGUCAAGCACUUGAAUUUGUUUAGCAACCUCAAUUUCCUAUAAGUUCUAUUUGUGGCAUUUCUUAAUUUUUUUUGUUAGCUGUGUUGUAUUACGUCCCAGACCUAGUUUCGCGCUUUUUGUUUCUCAUUUUGCUCUGUGCACUCACCAAAACUAUGUAUUACUUUGGGUCUGGAUUAACAAAUAGAGAUUCCUUAU